AUGUCCGGGUUUAUGUGCACUUUGCCAGCUUCUUGGUACUGUAGUCUACCUCUCUAUCAGCUUGAGCGAAGAGCUAUCUUCUUGAAGUCUUGGUAUCUCAUGGGUCCUGUUACCAGAUUUUGUGAUAUUGGCACCAAAGGAACACCUUUACAACAUCAUGUCACGCCCACCGGUCUUGUUUUCGCCACUUUGUCGGACGAAGCGCCCAGUUUCAACGAGUAUUUCCCGGACUUGGAGCCAUUGCUUGAGAAAGUGAAUUUCACCAAGCUUCCGUAUAGACACAGCAUCAGAUACGAAGGCCGAUUUAACUGGAAGACAAUGUAUAUCGCACUCUCCCUCCACAUCGUGGACCCGGAGAAGCCCGAUGACGGCCUGUUCCUAUAUUUCUUCCCGAAUUGCACGUUGAAUGUAUAUGGUGGAGGAAUGUCCUCGUUCCGAGUCUGUCCAACAGAUGACCCGAAUGUGACAAGGAUGGAGUUCGACUACUAUCACAUGGAAUCCGGCGACAAGUUUGGUGAAUACUUCAGAUUUGUGCGUCAGGUCGCUAUGGAAGAUUAUGAACUCUGUGAGAAGGCUCAAGACAAUCUCACCAAAGGCAUUUAUAGCGAAGGGAUACUCAACCCCGAGAAGGAGAGUGGGGUCUCCUGUGAUUGUGGUCCACAAGUUACUGUCGAAAUGAUCAUGGAAAGACUGAGCUCGGCUCUCUCGCCGGCAUUGUCCGCCUCGGUACUGGUUGCAUUGCUGGUGGGGUUGAUUUUCCUCCUCCAAGCCUUCUCCCGACCUCGGUUUGGGGGACACAGGUCACGGCAUGAAACUGAGUCGAAGGUAUUUGACCUCGGACCUGCCAAGGAAGGCAAUGAUAAUAUCGUAUCCAAGGAGUCGGACUUUCCAGAAGACUGGUGGACUGGCUCUAACGUCUUUGAGCUGGAAAGACGUGCAAUCUUUGGUAAGAGAUGGUUGUAUAUUGCACACCGCAGUCGAUUCUCCAAAGCAGGUGACUACCAUUCGUUUGAAGUAGCCGGCAUUCCAAUCUUCCUGGUGUUGGGGAAAGAUGGCAACGUGCGGGCGUUCCACAAUGUCUGCCGCCAUAGAGCAUACACAAUUACGAGGAAAGAGUCGGGCUCCUCCAUGGUUCUUGGGUGCCGGUAUCAUGGUUGGAGCUAUAACACCAAUGGGCAGCUCAUUAAAGCCCCUCACUUUGACAACGUCUCAGGCUUCGAUAAGUCGCAGAAUGGCUUGUUUUCUAUUCACACCACUACAACACAUGCGGGCUUUAUCUUCGUGAAUCUCGACGCAUGUCCCACAGUACUUCCUGUUGAGACAAGUUCUCUUGAUUCCUUCGCGAGCAGGUAUGGAAUUGAACGACACUCCACUUGGUUAGGAGGGCAGACAAUUGAAGGCCAAUUCAAUUGGAAACUGAGUUGUGAGCUCCCUCUACAACUUCUUCACGAAGCCCCUCAAUCGAAGUAUAAGUGUUUGUCAUCGCGCUUGUUCAAUCCUUCCCGAAUGUGCUUGGCAGAUAUUAGAGUCUUCCCUUUUACGACCUUUCAUACGAUUGAGGGGACGAAAUCUUGGUAUUCGUUGAGCUUUGUUCCCAUGUUUGAGAAAAGGACAUUGGUUCGAUUCGACUUAUACUCUCACGGAGAAAUGGGCGGUCCUAGGUCUCCAGCAAUACAAGAAGAUCUAUUUACCCACCUGAGCAACAGUAUCCAAACACUUGAGAUGGAAUUUCAGUCAUACUCUGGGAAUGCCUUGUAUGUUCUACAACCAUAUAGUCAAGUAAACUUAUGGAUGAGCCUUCCCAGCCAUUCUCGUGACCAAAGCGGGACGAUCCUCGAUAUUCUGAGAUCUCACGCCAGGCUAGAAAAACAACGAGGUGCUGAGGUGUUUCCUGCUACGAGGAAGCCAAGGAGGAAUGCACGAUUUGAGCAGGCUGAGCAACGUCAGUCCUUUCCUUCUUAUUUCAGGGGUCUUCCUGUUCUGCUAAACUAG